AUGCCGAUAGUAAAAAAAGCGCGCUAUGUUGGUAUACAAGCAACACAAUUCAACACAUACGUGACACUCAAACUACAGAAUGUCAAGUCGACGACGGUGACAGUGAAGGGCCCGACACCAUGCUGGGAGCAAGACUUCCUUUUUGAAAUUAACGACAUCAACCUGGGCCUCUUGGUAGAGGUGUGGAACAAAGGAGUGAUCUGGGACCGUGCCCUCGGGUACCACUACUUGCCUCUCACUUCAGUGGCUUACACCGAGCAGGAGUGUGGCGGGCGCUGGAUCGAGCUGGAGGCACAGCUCAUGAUGCGCGGCGGCGCAGUGGUCGGCACCACCGGGCCUACGGGCCAUGCCUUGCUGCUGGACUGCCGGUUCGAACCUCCGUUCGAUGCGGAAGGCACGGGCGGUGCCGACCUCCAGCGUAAGCUUGACCUGCUCAACGGCGCGUUGGACGCCGAGAGGGCAGAACAAGCUCGCAGGCAGAUGCAGUAUAUAGCCCACUCUGGGUACUCAGAGGACUCUGACUACACCUCAGACCUCAAUUAUCCAGUGGGCCAGCACGCAAACUGCAGCGCAUCGCAAUUCAGGAGUGCCGCACACCAGAUGCACACGCCACAGAGAUCACUGGAGGUGUCCCGAGAGAAUUCUUACGAGAGAGAUGAGUACCACAUACACGGCGACACGGACCCCUUGUAUUAUAACAGUCAGCCGAGAACAAAUAGGAUAGAGACCUGGUCCCAGCUGCAUGCACAGGCGAGCGUCGAGUCUGCCAUCUCUUGGCGGACCGCCGCCGACUGGCAGUCCGCAGAGGACCAGCGGCGACCAAGUCUCGAGCGACAGAAUACUCUGUACGACGACGGAUUAGGCUACGGGUUUGAUGCCUACACAACUAGUACGCACAUUAGGGACCACUCACAUUUAUCGCAGCAGGCCAGCUACGAGGAGUACUAUGACUCGAGCAGCUACCCCUACCAGACGUCGUAUGUGGGCGACGACUCACGACAAUGGGACAGUGGGGGGCAGUACUUCUUCGAUGAUGGCUACGGGCUCACGCCCACCGAGUACGAGAACAUCGUCAACAAACGGCGCUCGUCGGUUGUGCAGUUACCGCAGAUACCGACUAAGCAGCUGCCACCGUCAUCUCGGUACUCGGAUUGCAAUGAAAUGGCGCCGUAUAGACCGCGGCCGCGUCGUACAGCGGCAAGUCUCCCUGCGACGCCAUCAUCAACCCCCAAACGCGGGCGCGCGCUCCCAGUCCCGCCCGGCAGCGAGACGGGCUCCCUGCGGUCAGGGCGCGGGCGCCGCCUGCCCCGCCCCCCGCUCGCCGCCGCCCUCCCCGCGCUGCCCGUCGCGCCCGCGCACACGCACGUGCCUUACAUUCCUGGUGUAGAAAGAGCAUUCGCUGCCACUCUAUUGCUCUCUUUAAGUGAGACGGGCUCCCUGCGGUCAGGGCGCGGGCGCCGCCUGCCCCGCCCCCCGCUCGCCGCCGCCCUCCCCGCGCUGCCCGUCGCGCCCGCGCACACGCACGUGCCUUACAUUCCUGAACCCGAAAAGGUAGUCCCUGAUGUGAGUUACGGGUAUAGCAGUAGCUACGCAUACCAGACGGAGUAUCAGGACACCGCAGCUGCGGAUCAGUAUCAGGAUACUAAUUAUAAUACGAGUUACGAUGAAGAUGGGAUGCAACCAUUCUUCGACGAAACUCCACACGCUACUCCGCCUGCCGCUGCUCACCAAAAGUCAACGUGGAUCGACACGGAGACUACACAGUUUACAUAUCCAGUGACUAGUGCUGAAGAUACUUUGUUAUCAAAAUCUGUGCCAAGUACUAUUUCGUCCUAUCUACCUCAACCGCCUGUUAGUAGACAACAAGACAUAUAUCAAGAUAGUUAUCAACAGUACGACGUACAGUUUGACGAACAACAGCAGUAUCAACAAUACGAUCAACAAGAACAACAGUAUCAGGUUGAGUCGAGCCAAUAUCAACAGGAUCAGUACCAGGAGAAUCAAGAUUAUCAGUAUCAGCAGCACUACGAUCAGCAGUAUCAGGAUCAGCAAACUCAACAACAAAUGCCGGAGCAGCAAUACCAACAGCAGUAUCAGCAGCCACAGCCGCCGCUGUUGCAGCAGCAGCCGCUUUUGCCGCAGCCACCAUUGCAGCAACAGCAGUUUAAUCAGCAGCAGUUUAAUCAACAGCAAUUGCAGCAGCAGCAGCAACAACAGCAGCAAAAGCUGCCAGCACAACAACUGCAAGCUAGUGUUAUGACUGGCGCAGCGACUUUGGGGUCGCUAAUGGCAGGUGGCGCUAAGAAGCUCGGCAGCUUCUUUGGCGCCGCCGCAGCCGCUGUUGCUCCAGCUGUGAGUCAACCUCCUGCAUCCGCAGCGAUUGCUUCUGUACCAAGCAGCCAGUUCACCUCAACCGUUGCCCCCGUAACUCCAUUUACAAGUACGACUACAGUACCGAUCUCCGCAUCCGUCCCAGAUGUAUCACCAGCAGUGCCAGUGUCUACAGUUACGUCAUCUGCCCCUGUCGCCUUACCGCGGACUCCGUCUCUGAGAAGACAGGAGUCUAUACAAAGACCUUCAGUGCGUCGGACUCGGACUUUACCUGACGCGCCGGAGGACUUACCCCCGUCGGGUUACGACGAAAGUGCCUACGAGGACGAGUAUCAUAAGACUGAAUUCGAUCAAUCUGUUGACCGUGACAGGACGUCAUUGGACAGGUAUCAUGAUGACGAGUACGCGCAUGAUACCAUUCAUGAGGACGUCACGGAAGAACGGCGCUUGUCGGAGGAGCCAAGUGCUGGAAUACAAAAGACUGCAUCGCCCACGAGAAAUGGCACUCUGAUGAGGAAGCCCUCGGUGGACAGCUACCACAGUCAAGCGCCUUCAAUCAUCGAUCGAAGAACCUCACAAAGUUCUUUUCAUCAAGAGAAAAUCACCGUUCCGACGACACAAGAAGAAGCUAUCGACAAAUCCAAAGUGAAAUUCCAAGACGAUCGCACAACUUACCACGAGGUGCCCGAACAGACGAACGGGUUCCACGAAGAGCCGUACGAUGACCAUCCUGACGAAUACCAGGAUGAGCGAGAGCCUUACCACGAGCAGGACGAAACAUAUCACGAGGAAGACGAGAAGUUCGAUGACCAGGAGCAGUUCAAUGAAGGUGAUGAGGAGUAUCAGCAAGAGGAUAGUGUAUUCAAUGAGGAGCAUAGAGAUGAAGAGGAAAGGAUAGAGUUCCAGCCUGAACAGCCGAAGCUGACUCCAAAGCAGUGGUGGCAUCGGGCGUAUAACAAAGUCGUGAUGCAGCUAAACUUAGAAGUAGAUCUGUUAUUUAUACAAAAGGGUUGA